AUGCAUUUGUUAUGCCUCGGUGUAAUGCGUCGAUUCCUUCACGCGUGGGUUAAUGGUCCACGACCUUAUUGUGUGACACAAUCACAGAAGACUGAGCUCAGCUUUAGGCUCAUAUCUAGUGCCAAAUAUUUUCCAAAAGCGUUCCAACGAAAGCCUCGUGGUGUUGAAGAACUAGAAAGGUGGAAAGCCACAGAAUACAGAAAUUUUUUGAUGUACGUUGGACCUGUUGUCCUCAAGGGUAUCUUGAAGGAUGAGCUGUACGCUCACUUCCUGUAUCUCUUCGUGGCUGCAAGAAUCCUUGCUUCACCUGGAAUGUGUCGUACUCAGCACGAUUAUGCCAGACAACUGCUUGAGUACUUCUCGCAAGAGUGUGUACAUCUAUACGGUGCACAAAGUGUGGUGUACAAUGUCCACUCCAUCAUUCAUCUUGCAGACGAGUGCAAAGUGCAUGGACAUCUCGAUAGCUUCAGUGCUUUUCCAUUUGAGUCCUACUUGGGCAAGAUUAAAAAACUUCUGCGAAGCACAAAUAACCCAUUGUCCCAACUUAGCCGCCGUGUUUCGGAGUGCAGCCAGGUUGAUCUGUUGAAGACGCCAAGAGCAGAAUGUUGA